AUGUCAAUGGACGCAGCCGAGUUCCAGAGACGCCACAACUUGGAGGGUGCCCCGGACCCGUUCCCGUCGCUCAACGACCCGACUCCGCGCAAGAGCAAGGCGCCCGCGAACGCCCAGGCGCCGUCGGCCGACAGCGAGGAAGCGUUCCCGUCCCUCGCGCCGGCCUCGCGCCCGGCUUCGCAGGCCAGCUCCUGGGCUCCUCGCAUCGCGCGCGCGGCCGCGCCGGUUGUGCCCCAGGUCACGGAGAGUUUCACGCUCGGUGCGAUCGAUCUGAGCUCGGCCGGCAAGGACGGCAAGCCCGCUACGCUCGGCGAGGUCAUCAAGGGCGUCCUGGCCAAGCACAAGGGCGUCAAGAUCGAGGCCGGCUCCAACCAGCGCGCGCGCCAGACGACGUUCAAUCUCAAGGCUGAGAACAGGAAGGAACUUGAGAAGGCCAAGCGGGCGCUGCUCGCUGGUCUCAGCCCUACGGUCACUCUCACGGUCAACGCGCCUCAAUCUACGAUCCCGUCAAUCAUCGGUCCAAAGGGUGCCAACCUCAAGGAGAUCCGCGACAAGAUCAACGUCCGCAUCGACAUCCCCCGUCGCGACAACCUCGCUCCCGGCAACGGCCAUGCUAACGGUCACGCUCGCUCCGGCGCUGCUACUCCCAUCGACGAGGAUGAGGAUGAGCCCACUAUCCCGAUCAGCAUCUCUGGCGCCCAGCCGCUCGCUGAAGAGGCCGCGGACAUCCUCAGGUCUAUCAUCGCUUCCAAGACGGCCAAGACUACCCAGCGCGUCCGUGACAUCCCGGUUCACAUUGUUCCCUUCGUCAAGGCUCGCCGUGCCGCCUACGUCCAGGCUGCCGGUGGUGCGGAUGUCCAGCUCUCCCUGAACAGUGCCGAGCGCGAGUUCAGCGCGACCGGUGACCGCGAGGGCGUUACCCGCGUCAUCGAGGCCGUCAAGAGCGUCGUUGCGCAGACUCAGGCUCAAAUUACGUCUGUCAAGAUCCAGCUCCCCAAGCGCCAGCACCGUCUUCUUGUUGGAAAGGCCGUCGACGAGAUCAUGACCGAGUCUCACUGCUCCGUUACGGUCCCCUCGCCUGAGGACGCGAACGAGGAGGUCACCGUCUACGGUCGCGCCGAGGAGGUCGGCAAUGGUCUCACCGCCGUCAUGGCCAAGGCGAACUCGCAGUACAUCCAUGAGUUCCCGCUUCCCGGUCCUAUCUCGCUCUCUCGCCAGCUUCUCACCUACAUCGUUCGCACCGGCUACACCAAGUCGCUUCAGGCUUCACACCCCGGCGUCACCGUCUUCACUCCUUCGCUCAAGAGCACCGCCGCUACGCUCAAUAUCGAUCUUGUUGGCGAGAAGGGUGCCGUCGAUGGUGCGGUACGCCAGGUCUCCGGUCUUAUGGGCAAGAUGAUUGGCGCCGUCAAGGAGGUUCAGGCAGACUGGCUCGUGCACAAGCUAAUCCAGGCCAAGCACGCGAAGAAGAUCAAGGCUUUCCACGACACGAACAACGUCCUGCUGCUCUUCCCGCCCGAGUCGGAGGAGACGAGCGCGAUUCUCCUCGUCUACGACCCUACUUCACCGAACGCGUCGCCCUCUCCCGUUGAGAAGGCGAAGCAGCUUGAGGAUGUCGAGAAGGAGGUUACCAAGUGGGUGCGCGACGCUGCGGAUGUCAAGACCGUUGAGGUCCCGGUCGAGCGCAAGUGGCACGACGCCGUGACGGGUCCGAAUGGCACGACGCUCAACGCGCUCAUUGGCGAGGAGCGGGCCUUGUCCAUCAAGGUCGGCGGCGAGUCCGGACAUGCCGAUGUCAUCAUCGUUCGCGGUGCGAGCGGCGAUGUCGACCGCGCUGUCAAGGAGAUCCAGACUAUCGUCAAGGACGCUGAGGAGGACAAGAUUCUCAGUGGCUACUCGGUCGAGUUCGAGAUUGACCGCGAGUAUGUUGCCCGUAUCGUUGGUGCUCAGGGAUCGGCUGUCAACAAGCUCCGCGAUACGCUUGGUGUCAAGGUUGAUUUCGAUGAUGGCGACGACGGCAAAAAGAAAAAGGCCAAGACGCACACCAAGAUCACCGGUCGCAAGGAGAACGUUGAGGAGGCCAAGCGUCGCAUCCUCGCUCAGGUUGAGAAGUUCGCGGACGAGGCGCAGGAGACGCUCAAGAUUCCCGUCCAAUACCACGCAGGUCUCAUUGGCGAGAAGGGCAAGUACGUCAUCCGUCUCGAGGAGAAGUACGGUGUCAAGAUCACCUUCCCGCGCGAGUCUGGCGAGGCCGGCGAGGGCGGCCGUACCCGCGAGACGCUCAAGGCCGACGAGGUGCUCAUCAAGGGUGGCCGCAAGGGUGUCUCGCACGCGAAGUCCGAGCUGCUCGAUGCUGUCGAGUUCGAGAAGGAGAAUAACAACGUCGCCAAGUUCACCAUCCCGAGCAAGGCGAUCCCGCGCAUCCUCGGCAAGUCGGGCGCGACGAUCAACGAGAUCAAGGACGAGUCUGGCGCUAUCAUCGACCUGGACAAGAGCGAAGAGGCGUCCGGCACUGCGGGCAUUACUCUUCGUGGUUCAAAGACGGCGAUUGCGACGGCGAAAAAGGCUAUCUUGGCCAUUGCUGAGCAGGCGGCGGAUGAGAUCACGGUUACUCUGAACAUCGAAGCGCGCUUCCACCGCUCGCUCAUCGGCCCCGGCGGUUCGGGUCUGAAGGAGCUCAUCACGCGCUGCGGUGGGCCGUCGGAGCCCAGGGCGCAGGCUGGUCUUGUACGCUUCCCGCGUCAGGGUGAAGAGCCGAACGACGAGGUUCGCCUCCGCGGUGACAAGAAGGUUGUCGAGAAGCUCCGCACAGAGAUGGAGAAGAUCGUGGGCGAGCUCAAGGACCGCGUCACCCUCGGUGUUGCAAUCCCGGCCUCGGCGCACCGCGCGCUCAUCGGCCGUGGCGGUCGCAACCUGACCGACUUCCAGGCCAAGCACGGCGUGCAGGUUCAGUACCCCGGCUCUCACGCAUACAACUCUGCGGGCACGCCGGAGAACGCGGACGAGCUUGCGGAUGUGCCGCGUGAGGAUCUUGUCAAGAUCUCUGGCUCGCGCGCGAACAUCGAGGCGGCUAUUGAGGACCUGAAGGCUACCGCGAAAUCCGCUGCUCCCGAGGGCGUCACGGACACCGUCACCGUCCAGCUCAAGUACCACCACGCUAUCACUCAGCAGGGCAACCUCUUCCGCACCCUGCGUACGUUCGGUGUCCACACGGACGAGUCUGCGCGGCCGUCCAAGUCUGCUGUACCGCCUCGUCCUUCAAACGGCAGCGCUGCACCCGCUGCGCGCAUCGACGACACGGAGGAGGCAGCACCGGGCAUACAGUGGGAGACGGCGGAGAAUUAUGCCGACGCUGAGGAUGGCGAGGCAACGUGGACCCUCAAGGCGCGCGACGAGGCCGGACUGGAGCGCGCGAAGAAGUUGAUCGCGGAGGCGCAGGCCAAGGCGGAGCGUAUGAGCCACGUCGGCUUCCUCACUCUGCCCGACCGCACGAGCUUCCCGCGUAUCGUCGGCUCCAAGGGCGCGAAUAUCGCGCGCAUGCACGGCGAGACGGGCGCGGACAUCACUGUUGGCCGCGAUGAUAACACGAUUGUUAUUAUGGGUACUGAGACGGCUAUUGAGGAGGCUAAGGAUGCUAUCUUGCGCAUUGUGAAUGAUGCGUCGACGGGUGCGCCGAGGGGCGAGCGUCGUGGUGGAAGGGGACGGGGACGUGGUGUUGACCGCGACCGCGAGUAUUGA